AUGCCCAUUCAACUCACAAGUCAGGCUUAUUGUAAAAUGCUUUUACAUGCUGCCAAAUAUCCGUACUGUGCCGUGAAUGGAUUGCUGGUAGCAGAAAAGACUAAGGACAGAAAGAAAGACAGUCACAGUGAUCCUACUUUGUGCGUGGACUGUGUCCCUCUUUUCCACGGCACGUUAGCACUGGCUCCCAUGCUGGAAGUGGCUCUGACACUGAUCGACACUUGGUGCAAAGAGAAUAAUUACAUCAUUGCUGCAUACUAUCAGGCCAAUGAACGCACAAAGGAUUCAAGACCCAACCAAGUAGCAGAAAAAGUGGCCGCCAGGAUUUCAGAGAACUUCAGUGAAGCGGCGAUAGUGAUGGUGGACAGCAGUAGAUUAACGAUGAGCUGCUUGGAGCCCAUCGUCCUCAUCUACGAUCACCACGAAAACAAGUGGAAAAACCGAGAAGUGACCACCGAUUCCUUCGAGGACUGGAGCGAGGCGCAGAAGAUCACGUCCACCCUGCUGGAGGGAAGGUCCUACGAGAACCUGAUUGACUUUGACAACCACUUGGACGACCUGAGGAACGACUGGACCAACCCAGUGAUCAACAAGUCUGUGCUGGAUCUGUGCUGAGACCCC